GCUGGGGAUCAUCCACUGGUUUGAGGUGAAACCCUCCUUCAUGCUUCUUUGCUUUGCUAAAGCAACUGCAUGAUGCCCUGUGUAUUGGCUCUAAGACCCAGGAGGAGCCUUUGCACUGGGAUUAUGGAGGGGAGGGGGAGAAAGUAGGUGGAACAGAGAGGAAUAGAGGGGUUUUUUUAAGGUCCAGCCAAUAGGCUUGUGCAGCCCAGGCAUCUUAUGUCUGUGACCAGUGGAUCUAAUUGCUUGUAUAAAAGAUAGUUCAUUAGAAGCCGGCUUGUCAGUGCAAUUUGGUACAUAUGAAAGGGCAAAUCGGUGGUGUGUGUGUGACCCACCAGGUCCUCCCUGCUGGACGCCAGGCCAGUGCAUCCCUGCUGAGAACUGCCUGCCAGACCUGGGCCCUUUGGAUGCAAGAGGCAUUUUUGGCUGGGAGCUGUCAGCUGGAUGAGCCAAGCUGGGCUUCCCUUGGCUUGUGUGUGCGCUGGGACAGCAUGUGGCUUUUGUAGUUUCUUUUUUCCACUUUGGAAGUUGCUUGGCCUGGGAGUGCAGCCGGCUCCCUUCUGAGGCUUUGGCUCUGAGCAAGGUUUGGCAGUGGAGGGAGAGGGGAACCUGAGCUAGGCUUUUGCUGGGACGCAGGGAGAGCUGCUGAGACCAUGAGAGCCCGAGGCACUAAUGUAAGGUAUUUUCUGAUCUGUUGUGGCUGGCUUCUGGUGAGCGGGCAGCUGAGAGGCACAGAGGCAGGAUGCAGCAACCGGGGGAGCCAUCAGUGCUGCCCUGGGAGGAAUAAUGCGUGCUCGGAUCUCACGAGCUGGAGGACUGCCUGCUACUGUGACACUUACUGUGAGAAGACCGGAGACUGCUGUGAAGACUACCAAGCCGUGUGUCAGAGAUCGGCUGUCAUCGACUGCAUGGUGGGUCCCUGGGGUCCCUGGAGUAAAUGCAGCUCCCUGUGCGGGGUUGGCAGCAAAGACCGAACACGGCAAGUCACAGUGCCACCUCGAAAUGGAGGGACCCCCUGUCCAGACCUGAAGCAGCGGCGAGGGUGCUUUGGAGAUAGCCCCGUAUGUGAUACAGCUAAAGAGGUGGCUAAGAUUUUGCCUGAUUCCUACAAAAGGGACUUCAAGGACCCCUGGAGAAGACCUCACAUGCUGAUGAAGGAGAAGCAGCCAAGCUACUGUGUCUAUUUUCGCCUCAAGCAGGUGGGAGCUGCCUGCCGUCUGCACUUCUGGAGCAGCCAUCUGCUGAGGGAGCGGCGAGUCUGCGUGGAGUGCCAGGGGGAUGCUGUGGGCAGCCGGAGCCGAUGUGAAGGGGAUGGGCUACAGGGUGCUCGGACAUUCUGGACUGCUGCCUCCAUCGCUGGGUGCCAAGGCUCAUGGGUCCAAGAGUCUUUGCAAGAAACCUGCAUGUGUCCUCCACUGUCCCUCUUAUUUGUGUAACAGUCUGACAACUUGGGUCGUGAACCUUAAAAGAGGAAGUGAGAGAGUGACACAUAUAAGCUGGCAACACAGUGGUUUAUGGCUUUCUGUCACUAGGACAUGCCGGAGGAUGAAGGAAAAGCCUCCUCUGAAUGAAGUUCUUGCUGCCCUUCUUACCUCAUCUCACUUUCUUUAUAAACCCACAUUUUCUGUGAAACUGUUUUUUUCACCACAAACCUAUGUAUUAUUUCAAAGCACAAGAAUGUCUCAUUCUUUUAAACUUUAUACCUCUGAAACCUUGCUAUCUACCUCCAGCAUUGCAGAUAAUAUUGAAGGCAACUCUUUUUCUGUGUUUCUCACUACUUGGCAGAUUUGUAAUAAAAGGAGAGAGAGAAGAAUAUUGCAAUAUCCUUCUUUUAAAAGAUUGUUUUUUAAAAUGCAAGAAAGAAGAAAAUUGCUAGGGCCACUGCACCAAAGGUAAUGAUGAAAUACAUGGGAAAGAGAUUAAAUCUGAGAGAGGAAGUGAUGUCAUGGUUACAUGGGAUAACAUAGACAUAGUGUCAUAGUUAGCAGUGGAGUCAUUUCUGAAAAAUGAGUCAUUGAACUGAUUUCCUGGGAGGAAAGUGGGAAUAAAAUAGGCAUGUUUAGUGUUAGACAAAACCUAAGGAAAUGCAACCUUUUUUUCUCCUGUGCUGUUGCAUGUACCUGUUCAGAGUUGCUUCCAAGGUAUUAAAGUUAGGGUCAUUGCUUUUCUCUUGACCCUUCAGAUGAUUUGAGAGGGAUGGGGUGCUACUUGCAAUAUCUUCUUUGCAACCCCAACCUAAAGGUGGUCAAAAUAUGGACUUCUACCUUGAGAAAAGCCUAGUGAAAUUACAUAAGAGGUUGUCAUCUUUUGUUAUGUUUAACACUUUUCUGACUGAUAUGAUAUAUUUAAAAUAUAUCAUAUGAUCUCUUCCCCCAGUAAAUGCAUUUUACUCCCAUUCCUUCCUGUGCCCUCUAUUUCAGCUCAUGGCAAACACACAGGACAGGGUUUUCAAGCUUUCUAUUUAAUGAAUGAAGUUAUACCUACAUGCACUUUCCCCAAAGCCUCUGGAGUUGCUACCCUCUCCUCUGAGAACAUUAAAAACUCAAGGCAAAUGGUUAAUAGAGGACUUCAGGUGCUGUUGUUUUGACAAUGGAUCCUCGUAGCUCAGACCCCAGGAUGUUAAAAUCCCUGUCAUUGAGAACUUUGCUUGACUGAGCAUCUGCAAAACCAAUACUGGUUUUUGUUUUGUUGCUCCUGGGUUGUAUGUGGUCACCUCUGCUGAUGCAUAGUACCCUGAGGUCUUGCUUCCAGAUCAGACCAGAGGUGACUGUCCCCUGUGUAUGCUUUCCCCUCUUGCUACCCUGGGCUGCUUGUGUCCUGGUUUCCAGCACUCUGCAGGCUCCCUGGGGCUCCUCUCUCCUCACCCUGCUGUGCUGUGCUUGUUUUUUUAGAACUAGGCCAAACGAUGGUUUGGUUUCUAGGUGUAACAAGUGAUUCAGUAAAAACACACUGAGUGGUUUGGAAGCCACCCAGUCAGAAGCUGGAUGCCUCUCCGGUGUUCAGAUAGAGCACCAGAUAGCCUGGUGCUGAGCAUUCCUGGCUCCCAUUAAUGUCACAGGAUUGGGCCCCAAGGUUGCCAUUGACUUCAGUGAGUUUCAGAUUAGGCCUGUGCUCUACUGUCACCCUGCACCGGACCAGUUAUAUACAUCAACUAAAAUGGCCAAAACUAGGCUGAGUCUUUAUAACAGAAGUAAAGCUGUUUCAGUGGAACAUUGUUCAAGGAUCAGUGUCUCUUACUACAGCAAGGCGUGCCUUGGCAUCGCCUAGCUCCAUUAAUAUAGUAGUGAGACCAUUCUUAGAUGGCUCCCUUUGUCUGUUGACAUUAUCUUUUCAGAAUUUCCUUGAGUUGAAGGCACCUGCGUUGUUUUAUCGACAGAUGAUCCAUGUCCCUUUCCGGGGCUGUUUUCUCCUUGGUGAUGCAGUUGCAUGUGCUAGUCAGAGCUGUUCUCAGGAAGUCAGGUUCAAACCUCAGGUAAAAAAAAAAAAAUCCAACUUGGAGAAUAUGAAUGUAUAUGCUUCCAGCUUGGCCCCAGACUUUCUUCUCUGCUGCUGCUUCUUGAUGAGAGCCUGGGUAUAUGGUCUCACUACUAAACAGCAUCGCCCAGUGAUUGCUGCAAGUAACUGUCUUAGUCUGAAUGCUGUACCAGAAGAAAUCAGCAUGAUCAGAACAUGACAGAAGAUGCAUCUUCAUGGAUGCUCUCCAUUUCCAUUGGGCCCUACGGGAAUUUCUGUCUCCCAUUGACUUUUGGUGGAAGUUGGGCAUCUAACUUACUUAGGCUCUUCUGAAAAUCCCAGCCAUAGAUAUUGAAGCCAGGAGGGACAGUUUUGAGCGACAGUUUUGGAUCGUCUGACAGGUGGUUUCUGCACAAGGCCAUUAGAUUUUUAAGUGUCAACCAACAGACUCAAGAUGCUUUGGUUGGCUUUUCCCAUUGACAUUUCUGUGUGUGCUGCAGAAACUGGCAGAUUGUCGCCUCCGUGUAUGUUAAACAAACACAUUUCUGGAAGGAAGCAAGGAGCAUGAUGGGUAAAAGCACAAAUGGCUUCUUCCUGGUUUUUAAUGUUGUAAUAAUUGUCCUGAAGUUUAUAACUUCCUGUAUCAUUGACAGUCACAUCAUAAGCUACAGGUCUAUUACUGUAUGAUAUCAUGUAAUGACUCCACUUGAAUUACAUUGAAUAAAGACAUUAGGAAACCUGGGGGUUUUGGCUGGAGACAUUUCAGGAGUGGAUGAAAGAUACCCCUGGCUAUUAUAACCUGAAUCCUUUCUAGAAGAAGCAUUGGAAGACUGAAGAUGGCUCAGACUCCAAGCUAGGAAAAUCCUGGAAGUGGUUAAUGCUGGAUGCUGAAUUCUGGUUCAGCCCUGGAAGUUAAGAAAAUGCCAUUUCACUUUUGUGAUCGAGCUAUUCCAAGAUCCGGUUUCUUAAGGAAUAUCUGCAUGACCUCCUGAGCAGCACCAGGUACACCACAGAGGAUUAAGUCAGCAUGCUCCCCACAUGCUGAAGCUCACAAAUAUGCUGAUUAGAUGGCUUGGUUCAUCCCUGAGAGCAUCCCUCUGCACUGUGCUUGAGCUCUAUGACUUGGGAGAAUCUGAAUAUGGUCCCAGGGUAUAGGCUUGGCACUGCCCCAAGACACCAGUUCUGCAGUUUUGUGAGCCUGGGUUCAGGGAGCAGACAAAAGUGGACACGACUUAUCUCUGAGUAGCUUGCUUGGUCUCACUCAAAAGGAGAGAUAGACAUCCCCUUUGAAGCUACCAAAUGAAUCACUUAACUGGAUCCUUCCAAGUUCCUGCCUGGUUCCUCAGACAAGUACCCCAGCCAGCCAGUGACAAUUUAUUCCAGUCUAAAGACUGACUUCAUGUUCUGCAAGAGCUGUCAAUAGCACAGGUGGAGAUUGUCGUCUCCUCUGCUCCAAGACAUUGCCUCCAGCAGUGGUUUUUGCCUGAAUUAAGCUGAGCUUUCCCAAGUUGUUUAAUUAACCUAAUCUGAAGUCAUGAAACCUUUAGAUUUACCGAAUUAUAAUAGAGCUUUUUGUUCACCCAUGGCAUUUCUCCUGUGUCACUUUAUGAGAUGAUUUCAGCCUCUCUUUUGGAAGGAAAGGGGAUCCAUACAAGGUAUGUUCUUGUUACUUUAUAAACAACCUCCUGCAAUUUCUCCUGUAAC